AUGCCGCUGUGUCGUUGUCUUCGCUGGCUAUCGGCUUCUCAUGCGAAUGAAGGGAACCAGGUUUGGUCCUCGGUGCGGUUUUUAUAUCUAUCUGAGUCCUCUAAGGGGGCUUGCUUGUUAUCUAAGCAUAGGUGGCCCAGACAAAUAGUCUCCUCCACAGGACUGUGCCGGUUCGGAAGUAGAAUUGACUGCUGCUGGGGCUGGGCCCGAUUGUCCUGGGGACAAUGCCAACCUUUCUACGUCUUAAGGCAGAGAAUAGCCAGCCUAAGGUGCCAGCCCAAAGCUGUAUGCCAGCCAGGAUGCAAACAUGGUGAAUGCGUUGGGCCAAACAAGUGUAAGUGCCACCCGGGAUACACUGGAAAAACCUGCAACCAAGAUGAGCAGCUAUAUACAAGUCCACCUGGUCAGAGCGGUGAAGCACUUCUAUUCCGCCCCCUGGAUCAUCACGCAGGAAAUAUAGCAUCAAGGGAUCUAAAUGAGUGUGGACUAAAGCCACGGCCGUGCAAACACCGGUGUAUGAAUACCUACGGCAGCUACAAGUGCUACUGUCUGAACGGCUACAUGCUUAUGCCAGAUGGAACGUGCUCGAAUACCCUUUCUUGCUCGAUGGCAAACUGUCAGUAUGGCUGUGAUGUACUGAAAGGGGAAGUACGCUGCCGCUGUCCUUCUCCAGGACUGCAGCUAGGGCCUGAUGCCAGGACUUGCAUAGAUAUUGAUGAAUGUGCUACUGGGAGAGUUAUCUGUCCACGAUUUAGGCACUGUGUCAAUACUUUUGGAAGCUACAUUUGCAGGUGUCAUAAAGGCUUUGAUCUAAUAUACAUUGGAGGCAAAUACCAAUGCCAUGAUAUAGAUGAAUGUUCCCUUGGCCACCAUCAGUGUGGUAGUUUUUCGCGAUGUUACAAUACACCAGGAUCCUACAAAUGCAAGUGUAAAGAAGGGUACAGAGACAAUGGAACAAACUGCAUACUUAUUUCUAAUGUUAUGAUUGAACCACCUCGUCCAUAUCAUAUAUUCAAGGGCAACAGCACACUCCCUAAGGGAGGCAGUGGUAUAACCAAUAGGAUUCCUGAUGUUGGAGGCACAAGGCAACCCCUCAGACCACCAUAUGUACCUGCUAUUGUUACAGAAAGGCCGGUGACCAGGCCAACAACUCGACCUACACCCGGGCCAACGACUCGUCCUACACCCAGGCCAACAACUCGACUGACACCAAAGCCAACCACUAGGCCUCCACCACCAACACCACCUCAACCUACAACAUUAAGACCUACGCUACCGCCACAAAGAACUCCUCCGAUAACGACUGAAGAGCCUUCACAUGUUCCCAUUGAAACUACAUCUUCCCAAGGAGUUACAGAUGACAACAGGAUCCAGAUAGAUCCUCAGAAACCCCGAGGAGAUGUGUUCAUUCCACGCCAGCCUGGAGUGAGCAAUAAUCUGUUUGAAAUACUUGAAAUUGAAAGAGGGAUUACUGCUGAUGAAUUUGAAGCAAACGAUGACCCAGGUGUGCUGGUACACAGCUGUAAUUUUGAUAGCGGACUGUGCGGAUGGAUCAAGGACAAAGAUGAUGGCUUGCACUGGGAACCAGUGAGAGAUGCGUCAGGGGGACAGUAUCUUACCAUCUCUGACCCCAAAGGCAAAGAAGGAAGAGUAGCGCAUCUUAUCCUGCCGUUGGGUCACGUGGCUCAGGCCGGUGACUUGUGCCUGUCGUUUAGGCAUAAGGUGGCUGGACUGCAUUCUGGUGCCCUCCAAGUCUUUGUAAGGAAAAACGGUGCUCACGGACCAGCCGUCUGGGGAAGAAAUGGUGGCCAUGGCUGGAGACAGACACACAUAACUUUACGAGGACUAGGCAUCAAGAGUGUUAUCUUCAAAGGGGAGAAAGGGAAAGGAAGAACUGGGGAUAUUGGACUAGAUGACGUGAUCUUGAGGAGAGGACGCUGCUCUGAAGAGCAUUAGCAAAGACAAUGGACCAGCACAGUCAUCUCCUCUAGCCCUUCUCGUGCUAUUCCUACCAAGCUUUGAAACGGAACUGCACAAAAAAGAAGAAAAAGUUGGAGAGUGACAACUUCCUAGUGGUCUGCUAAGUGCAAUCUCACUGAAACUUCACUUAAAACCACGGAGAGCACCUCCCAGGAUUCAGGAACUCCAAUCCCGUGCUGGUUGUUUCUAUUAAUCCUUACCCCUAGUUCGUAUUUUGUAUGUAAUAACUUUAUCCCCUGUUAAGCCUGGUGAGUGCUCACACAAAGAGCACUUGUGAAAAAGGGAGAAGUAAUUACAAAUGGUGGCAAAAGAAAGCUCCAGCUCAGAAAGUUUUAGUGUUAACUGAUAUUCAUUAUCUUCCCAUAGUGCUACUCUUUCAUUGAUUAGAUUUGAUAGACAGUGGGAUUGAUCUACCUUCAGAAUCACCUCAGAUUAGCGGAAGCCUGGACCUGAACUUUGGCUUACUGCCGUUGACCUUUGAAGAAGGGUUUGCUUCACAUUAAAUAGCAUUUAUUUUGGUGUUGCAUCUGUAUUAACAAAAAGCAGUUAUAUAGAGUAGGCACUGCAUCCUGUAAUAUUGCUACUGCUGUGUUUUGUGUAUAUGUGUAUGGUUAUUAACAUAUUUAUGUUUUUAAUAUUUACAGACUCUAGUUGCAAGGCAAUUGGCAGCUGUGCUUUCUUAUUGUGCAAGACAGGAGCUCAGCAUAUUCUUUGAUCCCGCUGGUCGUGCCAAUAGAUAAGUUACCAAAGUCAGUUAAUGGUGCUCAUUGAAAAAUGCUGGUGCAGUUUUUCAUGUCAUAAUGUGCUGAAGGCAAAAGACCCAACCCUUACCUGAUAGAAACUGGCAUCCGAUAAUGCUGUGCAAGUUUGCAUUUAGCUUGGGAGCAAGCGCUAAAGGGCUCUCGAUCCUGCAAGAAACUCCUGGUUCAGUUGAAGACCGAGCAGCCUGGAGAAGGUAACUUGCAUCUUGUAAGAUUGAGCCCGUUGACACCACCAGGAAUGUUCCCUGCCCACAGGUGGUGCGAGCCUACGCAUAAGCCAAAAGGGCAGCUGCAUUAAUGCUGUAUGAACAGUUCAGACCCUGAAAUGCCUUGAGUCAUCUUUGUCAAAUGCCCAUAUUCCAUCCAACUCUUCUGUAUAUAAUAAACAGUUUAUUCUUUAGAACUAGAACAACUACUAGCUCUAGCUGGAACUCAAUCUUUAUCAGAACUUUGGACUAAUUUUUUAGUUACGGAUCAUGCGUGUGAUGUGCAGUUUCCCAGGGAAUUCUUCUGUUUGGUUUGGGAUUUUUUUAAAUGAGGAAUAUCAUCAUCCUUGCUGCUAACAAUUCUAAAUUUGACAAAGUAAUUGUAACAUUUAAGAAAAUGACAAAAGAUUCAUAAAAUGUUGUUAGUGGCACAGCCUUAAAGCUUCAAAAACGUAUAUAUAGAAGAAUUAGGUCUCAGCUCUUCCCAAUACUGAAAUGCAAUGUAAAAUAAAUGUCAGCUUCAUAACAUGUUGUAAAACCAUCAUUAAAAAAAAUUCACGUUAAGCCUUGCACAAAGUCCACAGAGACAAAAUUGCAAGACUAUGAGAGGUCGUAUUCCAAACCCCUGUUUCUGACAAAGUUCUGUUCUGAAACAGUUUUUCCAAUUUGGCCCCUAGGACAAAGCACAGCAUGUACAGCAGAAGUUGAUUUGACCAAACAGGUAGUCUCCUGCAAAACUGUAUCAAGAAACAUUUUGAAAAGGAAAGAAACAAUGCAUUUGUAAACAUUUUUAAACUAUUUUGCUUCAAAUAUGAUCAUGAUCUUUUUCUCUUACGUUACUUUGUAACAUGUAAGAAUAUUUGUGAAUAGUUGAAAUACCUUGUCCUUACUUUAAAGUAAUCAGUAA